AUGCUCCAGUUCCUGGUGAGCGGGGACUCGGGGCUCCGGGGGCGGGCGUGCGUGGGGCCCGCGUCCGCCGUCGCCCGUGGGGGGGGGCGGGGGCUGCGCCCGGGCCGGUGGUGCCGCCGUGUGCAGUCGUCGGGUCGCCCGGGGGCCGUGCCGGCCUUUGCGGGGCCCCUCGUGUGCCGCCCCGCCCUCGCGUCGCAGCCUUGGGGGGGCUCGGCCCCGCCCCCACUCCCCGUGCCGGCCUUAGAGCCCGGCGGCGGGUUUCCUGAGGUGCGCGGGCGGGCCGGGCCGGCGGGUGGCUCGGGUGCUGGGGGUGGGUGGGGGGCGAGGGGGGCGGGUGUUAACCGUGAGGAAACAAAUUCGAUCGCAUGGCUCUUUAUUUCGGUCAAAACCCGGCUUUCUGGCACGGCUGAGUGUGUUUCAGGGAUUGCCCGCUGGCGGUUUGCGGAGGGCUCGCCGGACGUCAUCCCCAAGUCAGUCUUGUCUUGCACGUUGCUGUGCCUUCGGAACGCGACGCUGCCUUCCCUUCCUACCUCUGAUUCCGGCCAGGACGCAGGCGUGCCGCUUCGCUUCCAGCUUGGAUUUACUUUUGGCAACGUGGUUGGAAUGUAUCUGGCUCAGAACUAUGACAUACCAAACGUGGCUAAAAAACUAGAAGAAAUUAAAAAGGACUUGGAUGCCAAGAAGAAACCCCCUAGUUCAUGAGGCGAAUUCCAGCACUGCCUUUUGGAUACAUUGAUUCUGCUGUUCUUGAGGGCUUCCUUAUCAUCUGAACCAGAAGCUUUUGUUUUAAAUUCCAGCCUCAACCAUUUUCCUCUCUGCUAGAUCCUGCCUUGCCUGAGAGCACAGAUGGGGCCAGAAGUUAAGAACCACCCUUUCCAUCUUCCUCACCUCAUCCCUUCUUCCUCCCAGCCACUUGAGAAGGCCUGACUGGAAUUAUGGUGCUAGAUUAGUAAACGUGACCUUUAAUUAGUAGUCUCUUCUUUAUUCUUUGGAAUUUCUACUCUUUUCUAAAGAAAAAUUGAUGAGUUUUGUAUAGCCGAUCAGACAUAAAUAAUGCUAAUUUCACAGUUUAGCAAUUAUAAUGGCUGUUUAAACA